AGCAUGUGUAGAUACACCUGCAUGUUCAAAUUUUUUAUGUGAAUAUUCGGUUUGAAAACUCUUCAAACAUAUCUAUUUACACAUACAUGGAAACGUAGGUACCGAGGAAGAAGGGUGGAAACUGGAAAGAGAGAGGACGACUUAUGGUCAAUUGGUCAUGGAUGGAUGUCUGUAGAAGGGUCAAUAGUAAGAUUAGGCGCCCGCUGGCGGGCCGCAGCCCCUGUUUCGUCCUGAGUUUGACUAUAGCUAGAUAGCUAGCUAAAAUGCCAUCUCUUUCAAACACCUGCUGAAACUUCUUCUUAAGUGCUCUUUAAUCCCACCACCAUGCCUAAAACUAAUGCUCAAACAGGUGCCUACUUCACUGCCCACAGAGCGCACACACACACUCUGCUUGUACAUGUUUUCCAUUUAAUUGCUUUCUAGUUUAUACCCCACAACCUCUGCUAGCUAGCUGCUGGAUUGUUGCUGUAGUUUAUUGAGAAUGAAUAGGAGCCACAGAAAGGGUCUGUCAAUGAUAGACCUUCCAAUGUCUGCAGACGGAAUUGAGCUGUGCAACAGAGUGUUCUCACAGGCAUCCUCCGAGGCAGAGCCUCCCUCUGAACAGAGUGUUCUCCUGUCAUGCCAAGCUCGGUCGUUAGAGCUGUUUCUCGCCGACCAACGGCGUAUUCAUGAUCGGGUGAUGAUUCAUAGUGAUAGUGGGUAAAGAGAAUUACACCUCCGGGCCGGAACUAAUUCCCCCAAUCCGUCGCCGUUGCCGGAAGAAAAAACAGAGCCUACCUACUCAAUGUUUUUGGGUUCGUAUAGAGAUGCGUCAUAUGCUGGAAAUUAAAAUUAGUUACCUUUCUCUCUACUCGACUCUCCCGGCCUUUGUGAUUCCUCUUCAUUAGGCUUUGCUCUGUCAGUCAACAACAGCGAGCUGCUCUGCUUGUUUUCUGUUUUUUCCCCGGUUAUUUCCCGCCCCCUGUUUUUGCAGAGAUGGUCUCGAUCAGGCCGAGUCAAUAUAUCGCAGAAAAGUCAAUAUAUCACCAAAUUAUCACGAUAUAUCGUACCAUAUCGUAUAUCGUCAAUUUCACUUUCUCGUCAAUUUAUCGCGUUUCGAUUUUGGUUUUGAGAACUCGAAACGUUUCGCGUUUCGACGUUUCGGACACCCGUAUUUCCCAUUUUUCGCGCUUGUUCCCGCUGCUCCGUCGCUCGUUCUUGCGCCAUUUGUCCUCUGGCGUACUCCUCUACCGGCCAGCAGCAGCGGCGGGGGCUGGUGAUGGAGUUGGCCACCGGUUAAGGGGUUUUCCUCUACCUCUCAAACCGCCGCCGGAGCUCGCUGGCCUUUCCUUCCUUGCCCAGCCAUAAAUUCCCUGAGCCUCUGCAAUUUCCUUUAUCACACGACGGAGUGAGAGAGAUCGGAAGAAAAAUCCUUCCCCGACCAAUUCUAAUUCUUUGGUCCGAUAUAGAUUAGUGGGUAAUCGAUUUACUUACUCGCCGAAGCUGCUGGAAACAGUAUUAUUUCAUGAUCCGAAGAAAAUAGUGGAUUAACGGCCACCGGACGACGGGGUUCCUCUCCGACGUCCGCCACAUUUGCUCCGUUUCCUCUGAAGCGAAAAACAGGGCACUCUGCUUAUCCACAACUAAUAGAAAGGAAGGAGCUUAUUACCUUUGAAUGAUUGAUUACUUGUCAACCGAAGAAACCGUAUAGCCUAGAAGUGGAUCCUGUUCCUAGUCCAACCCCAUUGGAAAAACAUCGUGAAGCUAGAAAUAUUAUAGAUUUGGAGUUUGAAUUCCAACACAGUCGCAGCCUGCCAUCGUUGAACAGAGAUUAAGUAAUUCUUUGUUAUGUUCUUUCCAAUGAAUGAUCUAUUUAUUUCUUUCUAGAACGAAACUUUAUCAUAACCACGUGUGCUUGGUUGCUGCCUGCUAUGAUGCAGCUAGUCGUGAUCCAUCGUUUCAAAGUAGUGACCUUUCAGCCCGAGCAAGCCAUUGAUUCAGCUGCAGGUAUGCAGAUUUCUGCUUCUCAUUGAACAAAUGAUCAGAAUGUUGACCCUUUUACUUACAAAUAACAGAUUGAAGAUAAC